GAUGAUGAUACCAAGCCCGGUCACCUCCACCCCUUUCUCAGUCAAAGACAUUUUGAAUCUGGAACAGCAGCGGCACUUCCACGGAGCACACUUGCAGGCGGAAUUGGAGCAGCACUUACACUCGGCGCCCUGCAUGCUGGCAGCUGCUGAAGGGACGCAGUUUUCUGAUGCAGGGGAGGAGGACGAGGAAGAAGAGGGAGAGAAAUUGUCCUAUUUGAACUCACUAGCGGCCGCCGAGGGCCACGGAGUUUCGGGUCUCUGUCCUCAGAGCUAUGUCCAUACAGUCCUUCGAGACUCUUGCAGCGGGCCCAAGGAGCAAGAAGAGGAGGUUGUGAGCGAACGGAGCCAAAAAAGCUGCCAGUUGAAGAAGUCUCUCGAAGCGGCGGGAGACUGUAAAGCGAGCGAGGACGGCGAGAGGCCGAAGCCUCGCAGCCGCCGGAAGCCCCGGGUGCUCUUCUCGCAAGCUCAGGUCUUUGAGCUGGAGCGCAGGUUCAAGCAGCAGCGGUACCUGUCGGCGCCCGAGCGCGAGCAUCUUGCCAGCAGCCUGAAGCUCACGUCCACACAGGUGAAGAUCUGGUUCCAGAAUCGCAGGUACAAGUGCAAGAGACAGCGACAGGACAAGUCCCUGGAGCUGGGGACCCACGCGCCGCCGCCGCCGCCCCGCCGCGUGGCAGUGCCGGUGCUCGUGCGGGACGGCAAACCGUGCGUCACUCCCAGCGCGCAAGCCUACGGCUCGCCCUACGGCGUGGGUGCCGGCGCCUACUCCUACAACAGCUUCCCCGCCUACGGCUACGGGAACUCGGCGGCCGCAGCCGCUGCAGCAGCAGCAGCCGCAGCCGCAGCCGCGGCUUACAGCGGCAGCUACGGCUGCGCCUACCCGACAGGCGGCGGCGGCGGUGGUGGCGGCGCAGCCUCCGCCGCGACCACCGCAAUGCAACCCGCCUGCAGCGCCACCGGCGGCGGAUCUUUUGUGAACGUGGGCAACCUGGGAGGCUUCGGCAGCGGCGGCGGCGCGCAACCCUUGCAUCAAGGUGCCGCAGCUGGAGCCGCGUGCGCGCAGGGGACCUUGCAGGGCAUCAGGGCUUGGUAAGGUCUGGGCAGGACACGCGGCUGGCGUCCUACCGCAAGCUGGGCGCCGCGGGAACGAGACACGAGAAAGGACAGACCCAAGGGCCAUGUCCCCUCGUUAAAAUAAAAUACAGACGUAUCGCUCCUUCCAAGGGGCCAGGGUCGCAGCACACUCCAGGCCUGGGAAAGGGCUCAGCGGAGAAAAGAUGCCCUGGUCCAGUCGUCGUCAAGACUGUUUGAGACAGAAACACCGGCCGGGCGCCAGGGAGCAGGUGGCCUCCCCACCCUGGCUCUGUGGGGAGUGCGGGAGGCUGUCGCUUGCUCUCCGGAGGAGGAGGGGGUGCUUUUCUCUUGCCUUCCCUUGGCCUUCUCGUAGUGUGGUCAGGGAACCGGACCGAACAGGG